UUCUCAAAGAUAGCUCAUUUUUUACCUUUGACUACAGAAAUCUCAAUCAAGGAUUUGGCUCCGAUAUUGCUGAACGAGAUUUGGCGGCUCCAUGGGCUCCCGGAAUCUAUUAUCUCUGACCGAGAUAGCCAAUUCACAGCCAAGUUUUGGAUAAGCCUGAUGCAGCA